CAUGCUCUCACUUCCUGUGACACAUUUUCAUGUGCGAGAAUGUCAUACAUAUCUUCCAGCCUCCAUCAAGAAAGUCUGAUAAUCGUCUCCAAUGAUGGAGACCAACUCAACCUGUCAAUUUGUCAAUUUUGAUUUUACGCACAAAUUUUUGCCCUCAGUCUACGUGACUGUUUUCACUCUUGGAGUGAUUGCCAACUGCUUGGGGCUGAAAUCUGUGCAUGAUAACUGGAAGAAAAUGGGCAAUGUAAAUAUAUUUGUGCUCAACCUUUGCCUGGCAGACAUUUUAUAUCUUUUGACUUUGCCUUAUUUGGUGGUUUACUACGCAUCCAACAGCGAGUGGAUAUUUGGAGAUGUUUUCUGCAAGAUUUUAAGAUUGUGUUUUUGCAUCAAUCUGUACGGCAGCAUUGGUUUCCUCACGUGCAUCAGCGUCUACAGGUAUCUCGGCAUCGUGCACACUUUGAGAGUUAAAGGCAGAAUUGCAGCCAAACACUCUGUGGUGAUUGUUUCGCUGGUCUGGUUUUUUGUUUUUCUUCAGUGUCUGCCUGAUAUGUUUUUUGACAAAACCUCCAGCAACAAAACAACUUGUUUUGACACAACUUCGGACCAGCACAUUAGGGAAUACCUGAAGUACAGCAUCGGAAGGACGGUUGUUGGAUUCGGGAUCCCGUUGUUAAUCAUGUUAUGCUGCUACGGACAUGUGGCGUUUACUCUGAUGACCAAGAAAGACAUCGAUGUCAUCUUGAAGCUGAGGUGUAUCAGGCUGGUUGUCGUUCUCACGCUGCUCUUCUCUAUUUGUUUCAUUCCUUAUCAUAUUUUUAGAAAUUUCAACUUGGCGACUCGAAUCUCCAAGCUGGACGGCUCGUGUCUGAAAUGGUAUUCUGAUGUGUACAUCGCAAACCAGGUUGGUAAUGCAAUGGCCUGCAUGAAUAGUGCGAUCAACCCACUGGUUUACCUCUUUAACAGUGAUGAACUGCUAAUGAAGUGUUUUAUGAGGUGCAGACGAGCACGCCAAUCUCCCGAUGUUGUGGAGGAAUCACCCUUUCAGACGCAUAAUAUUGACAGCAUGGCCAUGAAAUAGAGAUGAAUGGAGAUUCUUUGCAUGAUAACUUUUUUUCUUGCCUCGAGGUUUACAGUGAAUAAAAUGAUUCUUAUCUCGUUAAUUUUUAUGUUACAUGCGGUUGCCCUCCAUUUCAGUAGGCUAGCACAUCUUGUGACAGGAUAUGAAUUUACCGCUUCACUGGAUUAUGUCACACAGAACUGAGUUUGUUCUUAUUGUGUUCCAGUUCGAAGCAAGGACAUGCUUAUGGGAUAAUCAUAGCU